GGCGGCCGAGCAGCAGAAGGGAGGUGGGAAUCACAAGACAGGCAGAUCGAAACCGAGACUCGAUGUACAGCAGCAGGCCGCGUUACCAGUGUUUUAGUGCAAUCUUAGUGCAGAAAUGUGCAACAAACAGCGGGUUUGCGCUGUCUGUGCACAUUAGCGUGCCUGUUUUCCUGCCUCUUCUUAGUUGGAUUGUGAUUACCUUGCGAGCCCGUGUUUCUCCUCUCUUGGAGGGGUGCUGAAGCAGCAGCAGAAGAAGACAACAACAAAUGCGUUAGGUCAGCAGCGAAGCAUGAGUCAACCUCGGGGAUGUGUGCGGUUAUGAUCGCGGGGCUGCUGGCCGCGCAGAGCUGCCAGUGCGCCGCCGUCAGCAGCCGCUUUCUUCCUAAACACCGGUGUUGCUCGUGAAUGAGGACUUCUUCAGAUCUGAUGCGCCCUGGCUGGAGACCUCCGACUAGGUCACAAAGAACUUCAGUGGGAGUUGAGGAUAAUCUCAGUUGAGCUGGAUCCUGCGUGCACGGGUGUCAGCCAAGUCAUACAGCUUCGUUUAGCGGAUAUAUUUAUGUUGAUUGAGUUCAGUAAAGUACUCCGAUUGAUAAAGACUCGGCGUAUUCAUGCCCGUCAUGAGUGUACCAGCCCAGCAGAAAGUGAGCAACAAAAGAACAGGCAAACGGAUCACAUUUUUUAAUGAUCAUAGUGGAGACUCAAUGAAGGAAGCUUCUCAACACCCAGAUGGGACUUAUUACGUCCCGAGUGGAACCGCCUCUGAUCCUGGACAAAGUGAGGCAGCAAGCACGGUGACCUCCAAUCCAGAGGCUCCACACAUGUACCUCAACUCUGUGAUCUUCAGCCCAGAUAAGGGGGACCAGAACAGGGGUCACUAUCAGCAGACUGUGCCCAUGAAGUCUCACCCGGAGCCCAGUCAGCAGCAGCCGUCGCUGUCCCAGCAGCAGAGAGCUGCCUCGUGGACCAUACCUAACUGGGGCCCGCCAUUUGCAAGCUACCACGAGCUCAGAACAUUUUUGAAGUCAAUACACGAGACGUCGGGCUUACAGCACCACCAACAGCCAACCAACAGGGAGGCAGCCAACACUCCAGCGCUGGACUGGGAGCAGCAGCAGCAGACAGUCUUUCAGGAGACUCUGAAACCUGGAGUUCUGAAUGCUCAGCAGCAGAGUGCAUCCCACCCAGGGGGGAGCUCAGUCCUACAGUCCUUCCCUGCCUUUGGUCAGCCCAAACAGCACCUACCAGCUUACUACCAGAACUUCCAAGGGAACAGGACCACACUGCCCAACCCGCCUAACUACCCUGGGCCUAAUGCUAAACCCUCGCAUCACCUGCAGCCGCUACAGAAUCCAGAGCAGAUGCGCCAACAACAACACCCCGUCAUCCAGCAGCAGCUCCAGCACCAUUCGAUCAUUCAGCACCAACACGUGGACCUACAGCAACAAAAGAUGCACCAACAGCUUCAGAUUCCGCAAAUGCAGCAUCAGCAGUUGCAACAACAAAACCCCCGUGUGCUUAACUUUUACUCUGGUGGACAAAAUGCACCCCAUCCACAGGCUGUGGUCGUGCUCUCCCAGGAGUCCUCUGCACCAGCUCCCCCAAAGAUUCAGGAACCCAUCAUCCAGGACAUCACACCAGAACCCCAGCAGCCGUCCGAUCCGUUCCAGGCUCCAAUGCAGUCCGAGGCUGCAUCGCAGCCUCAAACGCAGCUCCUGUCCCAAACUCAGCUUCGCAGAUCCAGACGGCUUUCCAAGGAAGGUGGCGCACCCUCUGAGAACCCUUUUCUCCAAGUGACCUCGGAUCAGACUGAGACAGGGAUGCUCGGGUCAGAAAACGGGGCCCAUGACGUCCAGGCGGCACCUACGGGUGUGAUCCAAAGCACGCACAGGAAACGCCGCGUGUCCCAGGAGGUCAACCUGGAGAUGCUCGCUCAGGAGGCUCAGAAGGAAUCACAACCUUUGGGUUUGCUGUUCAGGAGCCCCCGCCGGCCGUGGAGUCCCACCGAGCCAGACGCCAUGAAGCAGCCUCGAGACGACAGCUUCCUCCCGCUGGUCAUCCCCGUGUCGGUUCCAGUCCGACGACAAGAGCCCUCGUCUCCCGUCCGAGACGACGCUGCGCUGGGCUCGACCUGGCCCCGCCGGCCACACAACGCCCCGGACCUCGGCCUCGCCGACCACAAGCCCUCGGUGAUCGUCAACCGCAGACAGUCGCUCAGGAACUUCUCCUCAGACAGUUUGGAGCAGAAUGACAGCGCAGAGGGCGAGAGGGACGACGACGGCAAGAAGUCCAAACGACGCCCCCGACCAGAGCCGCUCUUCAUCCCUCCGCCCAAACCCAGUGUAUUCAUCGCCCCGCCUGUUUAUUCCAGCAUCACACCUUACCAGAGCCACCUGCGCUCUCCUGUUCGCCUCGCUGACAACGCCGUCAUGGUGCCCCCCUACACACCGCCGCCAAUCCUCAGCCCCGUGCGAGAGGGCUCCGGCCUUUACUUCUCUACCUUCCUGUCGUCUGCUGCCGCCGGCGGCCCUGGCCUGCCGCCGCCUGCAACGCCCAAAUCAGCCACACGCAGUUUGUUACGCUCUAACAGCUGUGACAUCACGCCGCCAGUUUUAUCUGCUAUGAACGAGACAACUCCAGUCAGCAUUGAGCCACGGAUAAAUAUUGGGUCGCGGUACCAGGCAGAGGUGCCGGAGCUGAGGCAGCGGUCUGCGGUCCAGUUGGAUCAUCAUCCCGCUGAGCUGGUUUUCGCUCCUCUGAAUGAGCAAGAGUUAAAACCAGACUUUCACAAAAAAGUGGAAGACCUCAUGCACCUGGCCUGCUCCAGUGUUUUGUGUGGAGGAGGCACCAACCAGGAGUUGGCCUGCCAUUGUCUGCACGAGUGCAAAGGGGACAUCGUGGCUGCUCUGUCCCUGCUGAUGCUGAGGGACCCCAUCUUCCCCAAGUCUAAUCACCUGUCCAACUACCACUACUCAGGGUCUGACAGCUGGACGGCAGCUGAGAGGCGACUGUUCAACAAAGGCAUGGCUGCGUACAAGAAGGACUUCUUCAUGGUGCAAAAAGAGGUGACCACUAAAACCGUGGCGCAGUGCGUGGAGUUCUACUACACGUACAAAAAACACGUGAAGAUCGGCCGCAGCGGAACACUGAUUUACGGCGAGACGGAGCCUUUGGAGAGCCGGGUGGCUGAGGAGGAGCUGGACCAUAAGGGCUCUCAGAGACUGGAGCCACAGCAGGAGGAGGACAGCAGGAAGUGGGAAGGCUCAGCUGACAGGAAACAGGAUGUUUGUCCCAUCAGGGUGACACACACGCUGCCGUCCACGGAGAAUACGGUCCUGAUCAUGAAGAGCCAUGAUGACAUCGGGAGGGAGCAGCCAUUGUCCCGGGUCAUCCACCAGCCGCCUCCUCCGCCUCCCAGCUCCAAACCCCGCUUCGACGGCAGCACGCGCAAGACGAGCCCCUCGACGGGCAACAAGACCUCCGUGGCUCAGGAGGGGGAGUUCCCCUGCAAGAAAUGUGGCAGGAUCUUCUACAAGGUGAAGAGCCGCAGCGCCCACAUGAAAAGCCACGCCGAGCAGGAGAAGAAGGCGGCGGCGCUGAGACAAAAGGAGGCAGAGGAACGAGCGGCAGCAAAGGCAGCCGCCGAGGCUGCUGCCAUCCUCGCCGCGCGGCAGCACAGUGGGACGCGGCAGCUGGGCGGCGACAGCACCAACGACGACUCGUCGGAUGGAGAGGAUGAGGACUGGCGGCAUUAGGAGGCACCAAACAGGAAGAAGAAUUUUUCAUUUAAAAAUGAUCCCUUCAGUGAGUUUUCUGCAGAUUUUUUGUGGAACUGAAAACUGUGCUGCCUUCAGGGACACGUGGACACCCCGCCGUGGUUUAAGGUGUCCGAACUCCUGGCCCCAUCCUUUAUACUCGGCUUGUAAAGCUUUCCAUGAGUAACCUCUGCUCACAGGGCUCAGUGAAAUCAAAGCCAUGCUGCCACUCGACGUCGUCCUGUUUCGUCUCCGCCGCGGCCUUCCUCAGCACUUUCAGUCUGCUCUCACCAGCAGGUGUGGGACUCCCUUUUGUUUUGUUUUUAUUGACCGGCACGCUUCUGAACCUCCUUCCCAACCGCCGAGCGUCAGCUGAAGUCUGGACCCUGACGGGCCGGUGGACACCGCUCUGCACUAACAGCUGCCAAGCAUGAAAAAGGUUCUGGGCCGCAGUCACCUGACACCGCCAUCACCUUAUAGCGGCUCCGUUUGUUCCUCACUGUCGAUGCCUUGGAUGUUGAGAUGGUUUGUAUUUCAGAAUGACAAUCAACUUUACACUGUGGAUUUUCUUUUUGAUGAAUAAGUGUAAAUAUAACCUUUACUUUGUAGCUGCAUUGCAUAUGGUAAUUGUUGUUUUUCUGUGAAUAUCGUUGGUGAUGAUUAAUAUUAUUAUUAUUAUUAUUAUAACUUGGUUUUGGCUGCAGUUUUAUUAAGCGCUUUUUUAUGUCCUAUUUUUAUUGUUUUCAUUUAAUUUAAGCAGAAAAAAAACUCGAAUUGCUCCUGGCUGCCUGUUAGAACUGUGAUUUAUCUUAUUUUUUGUUUUUUGGGAGCCAGAAAUGAAGAAAAAGCAGAAACGUAUGUGCAAUAGAACAAGUCGACCCCCAAAUUUUUAUUUAAUAUUUUUAUCCGAGUGGUCACAACCCCCCCCCCCGCCUAUGUGUUAAGCAGCUGCCUCCCUGUCAGCCCUGGCUGUAACUGAUGGGAGGCAGACGGUAGCGCUCCACAGAUACAGAAACGCAAAACAACACUUUUCUGUUAUUUGUUACUUUUGCAGGUGUAAACAAACCCCACUCCUGUGAUGUGUCAAUAAAAGACUAACUUUGUUCUGCAGGCUUUUAGAGAAGCUGAACCAGACGUUUAAAACCCAGAUUUAGACGAAAGCUCCUACCUCAGAGUUGUAGCCCUCCUGUUUUCCAGACUGUUAUGUUAGAAACCGAGUUCAAAAGAUUGUUUACACCCUCCUAAAGCCUGUUGGUGACGGUGAGUAAUUUACCCACAGAUUCUUAUUCCUGCGCUAAAAACACAAUUUCUUAUUUAUUUUCAAAUGACAAGAAAACUGGAUCUUUGCUAUGAAAGUGUGCAGAUUGUCACAGCCUUGAAACCUGGGCUAGAGAAGGGUGGCGUGACACCGGAACUGAUUUUAUUUUGAAAGGCCAGUAUGAAGUCCUGGUCCCUCCAGGCUUCCGUACUGCUUUCACCCCGUUCAUCUUGUUGCUGAGUUGGACCGUUCAAGUGGCAUUUUCUGAUCUGUCUGUUGCUACGUACCUGCGUGUUGAAAGGCCUUCUGGUGCCAGUUUCUGUUGCCACGGCAACAAACAGGUUAAAGGGUUGUUUUCCUUUUAAGGUCAAACUGCAGGUGGGGCGCUAAAGGGAUGAGGGGGGGAUUGGCUCCAGUUACUCCCCAAAUUAAACCUGGGUCUAUGCACAAACUGUAUGUGUGUGUGUGAGUGUGUGUGUGGUAAAGUCGAUUGUUUAACUCUACCAGAGAAAAAAGGUUCAGCAGACUGUUCUCCUGUUGAUGUUAAUUUAAUUUCCUUUUAUUCAGACGUGUUUUGAGGGUUGUUUCAUUUAUUUCUGAGGCGGAACUUUUAUUGUGUCACAAAAAGUGUUAAAAGCAGAACCGCUGAUGAAAUCGAAGCCACUUCCAUUUCAUCCAGUCGGUUAAGGGAAAACAUUUAUUUAGCUAAAAGAUUAGAAAUAUAUGAACGGAGUUCUAUGUUUGCAUACUUUCUAUGCUAUUUUCUUAUAGGGUUCACACUAACGAUGAAAUCUGAAUAGAAUCUCAAGUGCUUUUUACUACGGCGUAACUUAUUUGUUCUGAUUUUGAUUUUUACCACCUGUGUUUUUAGUAAGGAUUUAUCCAAGCACUGUCUAUUAAAGGUUUAAAGCAUC